CUGUGCGAGAGUGCAGCACGAGAGGUGGUGUUGAUGUGUGGUUGAUUAGGUCGAAGUGAGUGAGGACAGAACAUGCUAUUUAUUUACAAUAUUUGGCACCAGCAGCACCAUACCACACCAUGAAUAUUAUGAAAAAGUUCUGGGGGAGCAGUGGCUCCCACCCAGAAGAUGCUGUUAUGAGCCAGCAGAUUGCACUGAGCCUUACACACCUGAAGAAACUGUAUGGUGAAUAUGUGCGCCCACCUCAGCCACUAACUGAGGCUGAGCGGGAGCUCAAGCUGUACAGCAUGCUGCCACUAUUCUGCAAGGUGUUCGCGGGCGCCUCCGGGCAGGAGAUCGCUGACCGCUUCCCGCAGUGUAUCCAGCUGAGUGAGUUCACCACCAAGCUGAUGGUGGCGGAGAUCCGGCGGCGUGCCUUCAAUGAGAACACAGCACUGGCCAGCUGCGAGAUCAUCAGCUACCUGGAGCUGGGCGGCGCCGAGGAGACGUCGAGUGGCUGGACGCUGCUCAACACGCUCACCCUGCUGAGCUCGGCCGGACCCUCCGUCGUUCAGGCGAUGGUGGCCGCCGCCCUGCCGUCCACGCUGGUCAAGUGUCUGUACCUGUUCUUCGACCUGCCCGAGCUGGGCACGGACGUGGCCGCCGGCACCGAGGUCACGCCCCACGAGAGUCGCGCCCUCCUGCAGAAGGUGUUUGUCCAGCUGAUGAGCCGGCUGUGCAGCAGCGCUUGUGCGGCGGACGAGCUGGCGCGCCGCGACGAUCUGAGCCUGCUCUUCUCGGCCAUGACGUCGCCGUGUCCGCCGCACAACGUCAGCUGGCGCAAGUCGGCCAGCGAGGUGCUGAUGGCGCUCAGCAGGAGCGGGCUCAGCGUCAACACCGUCACCUACAUACACAACAACGGCUGCGUGAGCCUGUGCGUGGAGAACAUGCGCUCGGCAGAGGACAUGCCGCCGCUGGAGAUGGUCGAGAUGUUCGUCAGCCUCUUCUGCUUCCUGAAAGACUCGGCCGACGUGUCGGAGGUGCUGCUGGCCGACCUCCGCUCCAGCCAGGGCUACAUCUUUCUCGCCGAGUUCCUGCUGAGGUUGGAGCAGGACGGCCGGCCGGAGUCGGCGGACGCGGCGCGUAACCUGGUGCUGCUGAUCGCCUCGCUGGCCAUGUGCGGACACACCGAGCUGCAGCCGUCGCAGGCGGCCGCUGGCACGCCCUUCAAGCUAUCCGGCUUCGCGGUGCCGCAGCCGUCCGGACUCGGCACUAGCGUGCGGAAUGUGAACGCCUUCCAAGUGCUGCAGACGGUGUUCUUGCGGGCCAGCUCGGGCACGCUGUGCUGCGUCAUUCUGGACACCAUCUCCAGCGUGUACCACGCCGACUGUGCCAACUACUUUAUCUUGGAGAGCCAGCACACCAUCUCACAGUUCGCCGAGAAAAUCCACCAGAAACCCAAGGAGGCGCAGGACAAGUUCUUCCAGCUGCUGGAGUUCGUGGUGUUCCAGCUGAACUAUGUGCCGGUCAAGGAGCUGAUCUCCUGCAGUAUCCUGCUGAAGUCGCACGUGUCGCUGCCCUGCAGCCAGCGCUGCGUCGAGUCGUUGCUCUCCAUACUCAGGUUCAGCCCGCUGUUCAAGGACGUGUUCCGAGAGGUGGGCAUCCUGGAGGUGUUCGUGCAGUGUCUGGCGCGCUACGCCGACCUGCUCAAGUCGCAGCAGCAGACCGAGGAGGACGGAGACGUGUAUGAUCUACCUGAGCCGCAGUCGGCACUGGGCCGCCGCGUCAUGGAGACCGUCUCGGUGCUGCUGGCCGGCAGCGCCGCCAACGCCGCCGUCUUCCGCGAGUCCGGCGGCUCCCAGCGCGUCCACGAGAUGAUCGUGUACCCGGACUGUUCCCAGCUGGCGCUCGGCAUUCUGCAGCAGCUGAUGCUGUGCGCGGGCGGCGAGGACGAGAUGGGCACGGUGCUCGCCUUCAUGAACAACGCCCCGUUCAGCCAGAUCGGUCUCAAGAUCGACAUACUGAAGUCGCUGCUCGGCUGCCUGCGCGACUCGCACCGCACGCGCACCAUGUUCCGCAAGGUGGGCGGCUUCGUGUACGUCAUGUCGGUGCUGGUGUCGCUGGAGGGCUGCAUGAGCGAGGUGCCGGCGCCGCCCUGGGACGCCAUCCCUCGGCAGACCAUGCUCUCGCUGGUCCACCUAGCGUUCAACACGCUCACCGUGGCCAUGCGCUACGAGCCGGCCAACGCCAAGUUCUUCCAGCUGGAGAUCUGCGGCACCAGCCUGCUGGACACGGCGCGGCUGCUGGGCUGCUUCGGCGACGCCGCUCAGCUGGGGCCGAUCGAGUUCGAGUACCAGCACACCGAGGAGCACACCUUCCAGGGCAUCUUCACGUCGGACGUGACGGCCGCCAGCCUCCCGCCGAACGUGCCGGCCAGCCUGAGCUACGCCUGCAUCGUGCUGCGCCUGCUGUACGACAUGGCGCUGGACAGCUUCGACAAGCCGGGCAUGGCGGCCGGCGUGGCGGCCGGCAGCGCGCGCCGACAGCAGGAGGCGCGGGAGUCGGCCGGGCAGAAGCGGACGCCGGCUGGCCUGAACCUGUCGCCGCCGCCGCCGGAGCCGAUGGUGGUCCACGCCGGCGUGGUGGUCGAGAUGCUGCACCUGCUGCCGGCCGUCCACCACCCCACCGAGCAGCAGAUGGCCGCAACGCUGCAGGUGUACCUGGCCGAGAUCCUCAAGUCUCUGAUGCGGUCAGAGCGGAACCAGCAGGUCAUGUGUGACGCAGGCUUUCCCAGCGAGCUGCUCGCCACCUUGUCGCUGGCGCUGGAAGACGAGACGCACCUGCUGCACCCGGCCAUCCAGUACAUGCUGGAGCGGCUGGCCGCCCAGACGCUAGAGCCGCGUGACCUGAGGUCGUUCCUGCGGCUGGGCAGUCCGCUGAUGGUGGCGCCGCCGGACCGACCGGCGCCUCCGCUCGCCGGCCGGCCCGUCUCGCUGACGCGCGUCAAGACGCUCGUUUCCAUGACGACGCCUCGCGACUGCCGACACGGAGGCGCCGCCAUCCUGCCGCCGUUCGUCGAGUUCGACAUGUCGGUGGAGGGAUUCGGCUGCCUGUUCCUGCCGUCGCUGGCGCCCCAAUGCCUGAACGUUGGCGAUACGUCCGUGUUGGGUGGCAUUGGCACCGGUGACCGCGUCUUCCCGCCGGCCACCGGUCUCACCUACUCGACGUGGUUCAACGUGGAGCGGUACUCCAACUCGCGCUCGGACCCGCACUGUGUUCGGCUGCUCACGCUCGUGCGUCACCCUCACGGCCGCGACCAGCACCUGAUCUGCCUGACUGUAGUGCUGUCGGCCCGAGACAAGGCGCUAAUCAUCUCCACACGCGAGACCGAGAUGCCGCACCACGGCGCCUACGACUGGGAGCCCGAGUGUCGCGGCGACGCCAGCCUGCGCGUCUGGUGUCCCGACCUGCUGGAGGAGAACCAGUGGCACCACCUGCUGGUCACGCUGAACCGGGCCGUGCUGAAACACUCGGCCUGCGCCGUCUACAUCGACGGCAAACAGGUGGCCAACCAAAAGCUGCACUACGUGAGCCAGAACCCGGGCGGCGGCGCGGCGAACCUGACCAAUACGUCCUCGGUGUACGGCUUCGUCGGCACCCCGCCGCAGUGGCGGCGACACUCCAGGCUGGUGUGGAAGCAGGGCACCUGCCUGAUGCUGGAGGAGGCGCUGCCGCCGGCCGUGGUCGGCACGCUCUACCGGCUCGGACCGAACUACCUGGGCACGCUGCAGGCGCCCUUCAUCAACGGGGACUGCAGCUCUGCGCUGGUGCAGGAGGAGCGGGUGGUGCUGGGUCUGAACGCCAUGGCCACCAGCCAGCUAACGCUGGCCAAGAUCCGCAAGGUGUACAGCAAGGCCGACAACCGUAGCAUCGCCAAGCAGCUGGGCAUGUCGUCGCACGAGAACGCCACGCCCAUACGGAUCCUGCACAACGCCGGCGGUCACCUGAGCGGACCGGCGCGCACGCUCGGGGGCGUGGUGAUCGGGUACCUGGGCGUGCGGGUGUUCUGCGCGCGGCCCGUGGCGCGUAUGGUGGAGAACGUGGGCAGCACGAGCCUGGUGCUGGGCCUGAUCGCCAUGGCGGCCGACGUGGAGGGCCUUUACGCCGGCGUUAAGGCGCUCACAUGUGUAGUCAAGACCAACCGGGCAGUCCAGAUGGAGAUGGACCGCUGCCACGGCUACCAGCUGCUGGCGAUGCUGCUGAAGCAGAAGCGGCCGCUGCUCAACUCGCAUAUCCUGCACCUGGUGUUCGGCCUGGUGGGCACGGUGGACGCGCGCCGCGAGAGCAGCGGCAUACCGAACGUCACCGCCUUCACCGAGCUGCUCUGCGACCUGGCGAUCUGGAACGACGCUCCGGCGGAGCUGAGCCGCUCGCUGUACGAACACCUGCUGGAGCUGGUGACGGACUCGGCGGAGGCGCGCGGCAACCUGACCGUGCUGAGAGACGUCAGCAUGACUACAAGGCUGCUGCAGACGCUGCGGGACUGCCAGCUGCCGCGCAACACGCAGCUGGUGGUGCUGAAGCUGCUCUCCGUGCUGCUGAUGAACAGCCCCCGCAAGAGCGACGUCGUCAUCUUCGGCCAGUUCCUGGCCGCCUCGCUGCCGGCGCCGGGCGCGCCGGAGUCGGGUCUGGAGUUGUCGGGCGUGGAGCCGGCCGUGGACCCGGCCGCCGCCGCCGCCCGCCACACCAUCCUGCUGCGCAACAAGUGUCUGCGCAUCCUGGCCAACGUGGCGGAGCAAGACGCCGUGGCCGACCCGGCCCGGCUCGAUGACUGGAUGGCGCUCCUCGGCUACGACUGGCUGCUGCUCUUCCUGCAGGCGCACCUGCACCAGACGACGGUGGUGCUGACGGCGCAGCUGCUGUUCACACUGCUGUGCUCGCCGCCGCUGCUGGCGCGCUUCCGGGACGGGGGCUGCACCGGCGGCUGGCUGCAGCAGACGGAGGGCGUCAUCAAGUCGCGGCUGGGCGCUGUGCUGGGUUACCACAUGGGCGACAGUACGGGCGGCGUGGGCACCAGUGGCAGCGGCGGCGGCGGCGGCGGUGCCGGCGCCGGUGCCGCCCGCCAGGAGGUGCACGACGCCACGCUGCAGAUUCCCGGCUUCCAGCAGCUUAACUGGCUGCUGCCCAAGCACACGGAGCUGACCGAGGUCAGCUUCAUGCUGCUGCAGCUGCUGCUGGGCCAGCAGGUGCAGGCGCCGCCGCAGCACACGCUGCUGACCCUGGACACCAUCUGGCUGUACGUGUGCGGCAUCGACCCGGCGUCCGGCGGUCGGCUGCCGCCCAGGAUGACCAUCAUCCCCGAGGCUCUGAUCGGCCUCCUGGAGAUGGUGCGCGCGCACCUGAACUACGAGAGCGCGUCGGAGCAGCCGCUGACGAUCCUGCAGUUCGUGCUGUACCUGUACCACCACUGUGCCGACAUGCGGCCGGUGCUGAUGUCGUCGGAGGUGCUGGCCGUGCUGGCCGGCACGCUCUUCCCGUACCGGCCGGGCGCCGAGAGCAGCCCCACCACGCCGCUCGACGACCCGGUGUCUCUGAGUGACGCCGUGCUGGUGAGCGCCGCCUCGGAGGGUGUGCUGACGGCGCACCCGGCCAGUAAGUACGUGCUGGACCUGAUCCGGAUCGUGGCCGUGGACUCGCUGUCGCUGGCGCCCAGCAAGACCUCGCCGCCGCUCAUCGACAUCCUGCUGGAGGUCGCCCCUGACAACACGACGCUGGCGCAGCAGAUGUCCUUCCAGACGCGCAUCCUCUCGCUGCUGAUGGACCACCUGACGGCCGCGGACGUGCUGAUCGGAGAGCAAGCGGCGCUACCCAUCUCGCCCGGAGGCAGCGUGCAGCACGUCCCCGGCAACGUGUUCUACUUCGCCGGCCGGCUGGUGGACAAGCUCUGGCAGGGCAUCUUCAAGCGCGACGCGCACGAGGUGCUGGACUUCAUCAUCAAGCUGAUCAGCCAGGCGCGCCGCUGGUCGCAGACGCUGCCGCUGGACGGCGUCUACCACUGCCUGAACCGGGCCGUGCUCUACAUCCUCUCGCGGCCCACCGACUGCGUGGCCGAGCAGCUGCGCGUGCUCGAGGCGCUGCACACGCUGACCAAUCACAGGAGCCUGGUGUUCGGCUCCGGGAACCACGACUCGGAGUUUUUCGGCGCGCUGGUGUACUGCCUGCUGCAGCUGACCGGCGGCCUCAAGAUCAUAGUGGAGGAGCGUGCGAAGCGCAUGGAGGCCGAGUCUCGAACGGUUUGGCACGCGAUCCCGACCUCGCUCGACCCCGAGACCAGUCCCAACACGGCCCAGGGACACAACCUGAUGGCCAACGCCGCCCGCCGUGUCUGGUGCGAGCUGUACAUCUGGAAACGGCCCGCCGUCGAGGAGGUGUUUAAGGUCAGCCUGCCGCUGCAGAACAGCACGGCGCCGGACCUGGAGGCGGUGCGGGAGCUGCUGCAGGAGCCGGCCACGCGGCUCUGGCUGGCCUUCCUCGACGGCGAGAAGAAGUGCUCGUACCGGCCGCCGUGGGAGAUCCAGGCGCAGCUGCAGACCGUCAGCAGCAAGCUGCAGCGCGUGACGGGCGGCCUGACGCGGCUGGCGCAGCGCACGCGCUCGCGGCGCGACGACUCGGUGCGCGCGCGCCACUCGACGCUGACGGCCGGCGAGGCCGACCUCUGUACGCUGCAGCAUAUCGGCCUCGUCCGCGACACGGUGGCCACGCAGUUCCGCCAGCUGAAACAGAGCCAGAAGUACAUGGACGACUUCCUGAUGGACGAGUGGCAGCGGAUGGAGAUGGAGCUGACGAGAGAGCGCGGCCUCUGGGGCCCUGACGUGGGCAGCAGCCUCAGCAAGUGGCAACUGGACAACACGGAGGGGCCGUGCCGCAUGCGCAAGCGCACGAGCCUGGACGUGACGUUCUACCAGCGCUACCCGUACCGGCCCGACCUGGAGCUGGUGGUACACCGCGCCACCAAGUACAAGGUGGCGCGGUCGCGGGACGCGCGCGCCUGGGCCCAGCUGCCGCCGGCUGGCAUCCGCGGCAGCCUGCGGCGGCGGCGCAUGACCUCCGACACGGACGAGGACUCGGAAUCGCUCGACCUGACGGAGGCGGCGGCCGAGGCGGCGGCCGCCGACCGGCCGGCCGCCCAGCUGGCCGACACGAGCCCCGACAACCAGACCCUGCUGAGGCUGCUCGAGAGCGGAGAGAAGAUAUCGCACAUGUACCGAUGCGCGCGGAUCCAGGGUCUGGACACGGUGGAGGGCCUGCUGCUGUUCGGACGCGACCACGUGUACGUGGUGGACGGCUUCACCAUGCUCAAGACCAGGGAGAUACGCGACAUCAGUAACCUGCCGGCCAACAUGCACGAGCCGAUCGUGCCGUGCCAGCCCACCGGCCGGCUGGUGAAGGACGUCCGCUCCGUGUCCAAGGUGGCCUACGACGACAUCCGCGAGGUGCUCAAACGCAGGUACCUGCUGCAGCCGAUAGCCGUGGAGUUCUUCUCGGCCGAUGGGCGCAACUACCUGCUGGCUUUCCCCAUCAAGACCAGGAAUAAGAUCUACCAGAGGAUGAUGUCCGUGGCCACGUCGAUGGCUGACACGCAGGAGAGCGUGGCCGGCCAAAAGACGUCGGCGAACGUCGACCAGAGCGGCAGCUUACUCAGCUCGCUGAUGGGCGACACCAGCGUCACGCAGCGCUGGGUGCGAGGCGAGAUGUCCAACUUCCAGUACCUGAUGCACCUCAACUCGCUGGCCGGCCGCUCCUACAACGACCUGAUGCAGUACCCGGUGUUCCCGUGGGUCCUGGCCGACUACACGUCCGAGCGGCUGGACCUGGCCGACGCGGCCACCUUCCGCGACCUGACCCGACCCAUGGGCGCGCAGACGCCCCGCCGCCAGCACCAGUUCGAGAAGAGGUACCGGGAGUGGGACGACCCGACGGGCGAGACGCCGCCCUACCACUACGGCACCCACUACUCGUCAGCCAUGAUCGUCUGCAGCUACCUGGUGCGGCUGGAGCCGUUCAGCACCCACUUCCUCCGACUGCAGGGCGGGCACUUCGACCUGGCGGACCGGAUGUUCCACAGCGUGGAGGACGCCUGGCUCUCUGCCUCCAAGCACAACAUGGCCGACGUGCGGGAGCUCAUACCGGAGUUCUUCUACCUGCCAGAGUUCGUCGGCAACGCCAACGGCUUCGACUUGGGUCACAAGCAGAACGGCACCGCCCUGGACGACGUGGUGCUGCCGCCCUGGGCCAAGGGCGACCCGCGCGAGUUCAUCCGCGUGCACCGCGAGGCGCUGGAGUGUCCGUACGUCUCGUCCCACCUGCACCAUUGGAUCGACCUGAUCUUCGGCUACAAGCAGCAGGGUCCAGGGGCCGUGGAGGCCUGCAACGUCUUCCACUACCUCUUCUACGAGGGCAACGUCGACAUCUUCAGCAUCGAGGACCCGCUCAAGAAGAACGCAACGGUGGGCUUCAUCAACAACUUCGGCCAAAUCCCGAAGCAGCUGUUCCGGAAGCCGCACCCGCAGCGGCGGCUGGCCGGCGGCGGCGGCGCCGUGCUGCACCCGGCGCGGCUCACCAGCCGCCUGCUGGAGGGCGCCUGGCAGCAGGGCCUGGGCGGCGGCGGCGCCGGCGCCGGCGAGCGCCUCUUCUUCCACGGCCUGGACAGUCUGCGGCCCAGCAUGCAGCCCGUCAAAGAGCUGAAGGGCCCGAUCGGCCACAUCGUGGCCACCGACCGCUCGGUGCUGGCCGUCGAGCAGAACAAGUACAUCGUGCCCGGCGCCAGCUCGCGCUACGUGGCCUGGGGCUUCGCCGACCACAGUGUGCGGGUGGGCAGCUACGAGACGGACCGGGCGUCGCUGGUGGCCGAGCUGGUGUACAGCGGCGAGGUGCUCUGCUGCCUGGCGCCGCGUCACAAGCUGAUCGUCACCGGCGGCACCAGCACGGUGGUGGUGGUGUACGAGUACGGCAAGCGGCGGCUGCGCGUCAAGGCGCGCCUCUGUGGCCACACAGAGGCGGUGCUCUCGCUGGCGGCCAGCACCGCCUACUCGCUCAUAGUGUCCGGCUCUCGGGACGGCACCUGUAUCGUCUGGGACCUGUUCCGCCUCACCUACGUCCGCCAGCUGCGGGGACACGCCGCCCCAGUGGCCGCCGUCGCUAUCAAUGACGUGACGGGCGACAUCGCCACCUCGUCAGGCACGUGGCUGCACGUGUGGACGGUGAACGGGGCCGAGGUGGCCCGCGUGAACACGGCCGUCGGCGCGUCCGACCGCAUGCAGCAGAUCCUCUGCCUGGGCUUCAGCCAGAUCAACGAGUGGGACGCCGACAACGUCAUCAUGACCGGCAGCACCGACGGCGUCGUCCGGAUGUGGUCGCUGGACUACGUGCAGGUGCCCGUGGCGAGCUCCUCCAGCAGCCCGGACACGGACUCGGACCUGUCGGCCAGCGGGCAUCUGCGCGUGACGCAGGGCCAGCGGCGCUCCUCCAAGGCCGACGAGAUCGUCCGCAAGAUGUCGCUAGUCAGCGGCGAGCUCUCGCCCCAGGUGCUGCUGCGGUCCGGCUCGGAGAGCAGCCUGUCGGACGGCGGCGACGGCGAGGAGACGGACGAGUCGGCGGCGACGCAGCUGGGCGCGGCGCUGGAGGCUCUGGCCAGCGAGCCGACCGGGUCCGCCCCGCUGAAGGCGGCCCACAGCCUGGAGACGGCCACCGAGCAGGCGCUGCGCAGCAGCCGCAGUGACACGGACCUGGCCGUCGAGGAGGCCGGCUUCGUGCUGGUGACGGACGCCGACGUGGAUUCGGCCAGCGAUCGGCGCCCGCUGCUCAGGGACGGCUUCCGCUGGCAGUGCCAGCUGGUGUUCCGGAGCAAGCUGACCAUGCACACGGCCUACGACCGGAGGGACAACGCUGAGCCGGCCAGCGUCACCGCCCUGGCCGUCUCCAAGGAUCACCGGACGGUGUACGUCGGCGACUCCCGCGGUCGCGUCUGGGCGUGGAGCGUCUCGGACGCCGCAGGUCCCUCUGACCAUUGGCGGCGGGACGACUCUGUGCUCUCCUGUCAACUCUGCCGGGUCAAGUUCACUGUGACCGAGCGGAAGCAUCACUGUCGCAACUGCGGAGACGUCUUCUGCGCUAGAUGCAGCCACCACGAAUCGGAGAUCCUUCGUCUGAGGAUCCUGAAGCCGGUGCGCGUGUGCCAGCGCUGCUUCGAUCUCUUGCGACGCCAGUAGCCGCCGCUGCUGCCGCCGCCGCCGGCCACCGCGCAUCGGCCCCGGCCCCGGCCUGGGCACCCGCCAGCUAGUGUAGCUUUGAACGGCCGGGUUGGAGCCCGGACAUUACCCAGCUCAGCCAAUCCCAGGACAUCCGCUUGGUCGUCAUGACGACGGGCGCUUCGCGCGCGCGCGAUCCGGCGGCGGUUGGUC